AUGAUGGAAAAAUCAUCUUCGAAUAAUUCAAAAGAGAAUAAACGACAAUCAACAACAAAGUCAAUUGAAUGUAAAACUUGUGGAGAUACAGCUAAAUAUUCGUAUUUCGGUGUCAUUUCGUGUGACGCAUGCAAAGUAUUUUUCAAGCGAAAUGCUGAACGAGGACCGAAAGCAUUUAAAUGCCAUUUUGAUGGUAAUUGUCAAAUAAAUAUAAAUACUCGUCAUGUAUGUUCUUAUUGUCGACUUGUAAAAUGUCUUGAAAGUGGAAUGCAAACUGAAAUGAUUCGAUCAUCUAUCCGAAAAAAGAAUAAAACAAAGAAAAAAAGAAAAUUAAUAAUGGAUACAAUACAAACGAAAACAUCAACAACUUUAGUUAGAUUAAAUCAACCUGAACAGUUUCCAACUUUAAAUCUCUUACGAUCAGAUCAAUCAACAUUAGCUAUCGAUCAAUGGAAUCUUAUUUCAAAUUUAUCACAUUGUUAUGAUGAAUAUAGUGGAAUAUUACUAGGUGAACAUUACAUACGUGAACAAAAUCUUUUACCUCUUAAAUUACGCUUUAAAUCUGCAUCGAUGAUCGAAUUUUUUCAAAUUUUAUUAGAUACAAGUCAAUCAAUAUACAAAAAUAAUCAAGAUUUUCUCUCUUUAUCUGAAUAUGAUCGUUCUAUUUUGCUUCAUAGUACAUUUAUAUAUACAUCAAGUUUGUCUGCAAAUUCUAUUCAUUAUCAAAUUGGAUUAUUCAAUUGUCCUGCUUUUUAUACUACUAUUGAACUUAUUGGCAAUCCAAAUGCAGCAGCUGCUAAUAAGCGUAUAGCAAAGCGAAUGGAUUUUGAUAUGAUAACUAUGAAAUUAUUUCUUGCCAUUAUUUCUUUUUCCACAAUCAGAUGUACGAUUUAUUCAAAUACUCCUUUAGAAAAUUUAUCAAAAAUAAAAAAAAUUUUAGAUAUUCAAAAUAAAUAUAUUGAAUUACUAUGGCGAUAUUUACUCUAUAAAUAUAAUUUUGAACGAUCUGUUAUAUGUCUUUCUAAUCUUAUUCGAUGUUUAUUUGCUAUCAAUGAAGCGUUAGCUGAAGCAUAUGAUUUUCAAUGGUAUACAGAUACAAUCGAUUCUCUUGUUCAACAGACUCAACAAACUCUUAAUUUCAAUGAUUAA